UGAUGAGAGUUCAGACAGGAGAAGAGGGCAGGAAGUGAAGAUGUAUGUGAGUUACCUUUUGGAUAAGGAGAGCGGGAUGUACCCCAACGCCGUGCGACACCCGAGCCUCAACCUCAACCCUCAGAACUUCGUCCCUGCCACGCCUCAGUACACGGAUUUUACCGGAUAUCAUCAUCAUCAUCAUCAUCAUCAUCACGUCCCCGGCUUCAAUGACGCUAACCAGACCGGCUCGGCUUAUCCUCCUCCUCCCGCUCCUCCCGUCCCCGCUCCCACCCGGGACGACUGGACCCCUUACGCCCCCUCGGCCGCAUCGAACCCGUCCUCCAACCUUGGCCAGAUCGGGUUCGGGCCGCCCGACAUCCCUCCGUCCAACCUGCAGCCUUCGGCCCUUCUUCAUCCCUCCAUCGGCUCGUCGUCCUCGGGCGCUCCGCUCUCUCCCGGCGAACAGCGCAGGAACCCGUACGAGUGGAUGCGCAGGAGCGCUGCGCCACCUGCCACCCCGGGAGGAAAGACAAGGACGAAGGAUAAAUACCGCGUGGUUUAUACGGAUCAUCAGCGCCUGGAGCUGGAGAAGGAAUUCCACUACAGCCGCUACAUCACUAUCAGGAGGAAGGCAGAGCUUGCCACAGCCCUCAGCCUAUCAGAGAGACAGGUGAAGAUCUGGUUUCAGAACCGACGAGCCAAAGAGAGAAAAAUAAACAAGAAAAAGCUGCAGCAGCCGCAGGCCUCCACCACCACCCCGACUCCGCCCAGCUCCAACAUCAGCAGCAGCAGCAGUGCAGGCCUGGUCUCCUCCUCCAUGCCCAUGAGCAUUAAAGAGGAGUACUGAGGAUGGACACGCAGCAGCACACACACCUCCACCUUCUACACACACACACACACAACACACACCACCCUUUA